AUGUCCAACAAUCAACUCAGAGAUGCUCUCAUUUUCCCAGACUCGGACCGCGCAUUUCUAGAGCCCCAUCUUCCGCCCCAGAAUGCCACAUUUUCCACCACGAAAACCCUUCCCUUCACCACCCUCACUUUUGCUACCUCCCUCGACUCGUCUCUGGCUCUUUCUCCUGGCGCCCGCACCGUGCUGUCAGGCCCUCAAUCGAAAGCCAUGACCCACUUUCUCCGGUCGCGUCAUGAUGCCAUCCUGAUCGGAGUGGGCACCGCGGUGGCAGACGAUCCGGGCUUAAAUUGCCGCAUCCAAGGUGUCGGCGGGUAUGGGGCCGACGGACUUCAGGGGCAGCCCCGACCGAUCAUCAUUGAUCCCAGCUGCCGGUGGGACUUUACCGAGUCCUCGAAGAUCUUGUCGCUGGUCCGGGAGGGCCGCGGUCGGGGCCCCUUUAUCAUCACCGGGGUGCAGUCCCCGCCCAGCGAAAGGAAGGCGCUGCUGGAGAGGCACGGCGGCAAGUUCAUCACGCUGGAUGCCAUGACGACUGCAGCCGGCGAGCACCGCAUGGAUUGGUCGGUAGUGCUUGAGUGUCUUAAGACGGAAGGCCUGGGGAGCGUCAUGGUCGAAGGAGGAGGGACCAUCAUCAAUUCUCUGCUGGAUCCCUCGUCGCAGCACCUGAUCGAUUCGGUCAUUGUGACCAUCGCUCCGACAUGGCUCGGCCAAGGCGGCGUGGUCGUUUCGCCUAAACGACGGUUCGACGCACGAGGUGAAGCCAUUCCAGCGUCGCGACUGACGGAGGUGAAAUGGUAUCCGUUCGGAGAGGACGUUGUGAUGUGUGGAAAAAUCAUGGCUUAG